AUGCAGCUUCCGUCGGCUAAACCUACCCUUCUUUAUCUUGAUAUCGGGAGCCUGGCCCGUGGGGAGGUUAUCCGACUGUUCUUCAAAAACGCAGGAGUCGAGUUCGAUGAUGUCGGAUAUCAGUAUGACGAUACUUGGUCAACAACCAGCGCAGAACUCAAGGAAAAGGCAUUAUCGGUGACUGGUCAGGUGCCUGUCCUUGUCUAUGAAGGAAAAGUUCUGACACUGCAUCUGCCAAUUCUAACAUAUCUAGCUAGAGAGCUCGGGGAAUACGACGGAAAUGCAAACCUGGAGAAGUAUCUUCUAGAUGCAGUGGGUGACGUGUAUAAUGACUGCCUUGGCAAUAUCACAGACAGGUUUAGGAACGAGUUUGUUCCCAAAUAUUACAACAUCCUAGCUACAUCCUAUGCUAAGCAAGAGGGCCCUUAUCUCCUGGGUGAAAGGAUUACUUACCCGGAUUUUGUCAUCUACCAGUCUAUCGACAACGACCCGCAGAUUGGAACAUUACCGGCUAUUCUACCGGAGCUUCUCGCCAGGUUCAAAACGGCGUUCGAAGCUCGGCCCAGAGUCGCUCCUUAUCUUGACAGCCGCUGUCGUUGA